UUUGACCUCGUCGCUCACGGUAGUUUCGGGCACCACCUGCUCCAGCUGUUGGAAGGAGGUUGGUCCUCCGCUGAAAACAAACUACAUUAACUUCAGCUUGUUUCGCACCGGAAACAGCCAGGCAUCAUGGGCAACACGAGUGACCGAGUGUCUGCAGAUCGGCAUGGAGCCAAGGCCCACCGCUCAGACAGCAGCGGCAGUCACAAAGACCAAGAACCCAGCAGCAAGAUGGUUGACAGCACAGACGACCCCAACAUCUUCAACACCCAUGGGACAGAGGCGAAGGUGUUAGAGGAGAAAGAAUCAGAUCUGGGUGACCAGGUGAAAACUGGUCCUCAGGCUCGACCCACAGUCAUCCGCUGGGCUGGAGGGGGGAAAGAGGUCUUCAUAGCUGGUUCCUUUAAUAACUGGAGCACAAAGAUACCACUAAAUAAGAGCCAUAAUGACUUUGUAGCGAUCCUGGACCUGCCAGAGGGAGAGCACCAGUACAAGUUUUUUGUAGAUGGACAGUGGGUCCAUGAUUCCUCAGAGACGGUUGUGACCAGUCAACUCGGCACCAUCAACAACGUGAUCCAGGUGAAGAAGUCUGACUUUGAGGUGUUUGACGCCUUGCAUGUUGACUCUCUGGAGAGCUCAGAUACAUCAGAUCUGUCUAGCUCCCCUCCGGGUCCAUAUGGACAGGAGCAGUACAGCUUCAGGGCUGAGGAGCAUUUCAAAGCUCCACCUAUACUCCCACCUCACCUCCUCCAAGUCAUACUCAACAAGGACACCAAUAUAUCUUGUGACCCUGCCCUGCUGCCCGAACCCAACCAUGUCAUGCUAAACCACCUGUACGCCCUCUCAAUUAAGGAUGGAGUCAUGGUGCUGAGUGCUACUCACCGGUACAAGAAGAAGUACGUCACCUCCCUGCUGUACAAGCCCAUCUAAACCACCCGGCAGCUCUACGGUGCUUUGAGAGCAGCAUGUUUUUAUUUUUCUGGUUUCUUUCUUGUUGUCCUCCUAUUUAACCGAAUCUUGGACUGAAACCAGUUGACAGGCAAGCCACCAGCCAGUGGCUGUUUGCCUUUGUUUCUGUAAAGGCUGCACCACUGUCUACAAAGGGCUCUGAACAGAAGUAGCAAAGUGUGUGACGAGUGUUGGAGAGAGAGGAACGCCGCCCUGUGGCUUUACCUGUGACGUCGACAGACACACGAGACUGAGUACAUCACUGUGUGUGUGACGAGUGUUUCCUGCAUGUUGGUGUGUGAAACGAGGACAGCGUUGACCUGUGGAGGAUCCGUUUCUCAUGGUCAUUUUAAGGAUGUUCUCCUUCAGGGGUUUUCGGUGUUCUUUGUGUGGAUCGACAGUUUGAUUUUAAACUGCUGUGUCAUCAUAUUCUCGGUGAACUGAUUUGAGUUACGUUUUGAACUAAUUGACCUGCCAGUAUUUACGGGACGUGCGGGUCGAACAACAGAAUGGUCUCGAUGCCGGAGGGGGCAGCAGCGAACAUCACGUGUGUCGGUGUGUAUUGCAUUUAUUAUUUAAUAACUCCCAGUUCAGCUGUCAUGGAAUCUAUUCCAUGAACUAAACCACCGUUACUGGUCACUGCAGAUGGACUUAUUGUCUGCUUCAACGAAAAGCCCACUUUCCAGACGGGGGAUGGAGGUCAAAGGUCAAUGUUUCGUUCUUCUGUUGCCUUUAUCUUGACAUUUUGCGAGCACUUUACCACCUGAGUGUUGAUAUAAGCUUUGAACUCCACAGCUCUUGCUGUAGUUCCUCUGGAUUGUAGAACCCAACGUGUGCUUCUCCUUCUGUCGUAGGAAUGACCAGUGGUUGUGUGUGUGCAUCUGUAUUAUCAAAUAGGAAUGUACUCUAUGUAUCUGUGAGGAGAGAUAGUUGCCAUGAAUUUAAAAGUUGUACAAUGGUUGCUCACUUUCUUUAAAGUAUUGCCAUUAAAGAUAUUCAGUAUUUUUGUCAAGUCGUGCUGUUAAUAAUAAUCUGCACCUUCAAUCUGCGUCCAUGUUGACACAGACUAAUAAACGGGGGUUUCAUAACUCCUCCUGGUGUUCGACGAGAUGCUCUGAAAGUAUGUUGUGAGUGCGGAGCAGGGCCACGACGUUCUGUCCAAAGAGUUUUUAAAGAUAUGUAAAGAUAUUGAGGACAAGUGCCAAGGCGGCGCGGUGUCUUCAGGCUGAAACCCAAAACGUGAACUUUACAACCGUUUCAUGAAUGUUUUACAAUGCUCUGCAGAACCAGUGUGGGGGUUUUACUUCUUUGCAAAUAAAGAGCGGACACGCUGGUCCUAG